AUGUCUGCUAACUGUAUUGAAGAAAAAAAAUUUGCUUUGAUCAAUGAAGAAUUAACAAUUGACAAUAUGGACUAAUCUACAACAAAUUAAUCAAAAUAAAGCAAUGCUACACUCUCCAUGGCCUUUCCGAAUGCUGAUAGCAAUUACAGGUACAAGCCAAUAAAAACCCAAAGAAGUCUGUUGACACUGACUCCAUAGAUCAGUUAAAGAAGAAGUUCAAGAUCUCUGAUUGAACAAACUUACGUAAUUGAAGAGGAACCAUAAAUUUAAGGAUAGAAUGAAGUAUUCCUCAUUUAUUGGUAUGAUUAAAAUAUUGAUCAUAAAUAUGAGAUGAUUAUUCAAACACAUAAUAACAUUACUGUAGGUGAUCUAAUUCAACUUUUUAUCUAACAAUUCAAUGACCAAAAUUAAUAUUUACAGACUCCGUUUUCCUCUGAUGUUCAUAAUACCAAUAUUUAUGAAUUAUACAUACCAAAAAAGAAAAAAGGUACUCCAAAUGAAGAUUUUCCAGCUUUUGCCAAUUAAACUAUGCUUAAUUAAACCAAUUUAAAAGAAUUUUCCUUAAAGAUAACAACCAAACAAAUAACAAAUUAUUCGUCACCACUUUUAAAUUCCUAGAAUUCAUCAGCAGCCAAAUCUAAUACUAAAUAGAGAUAAAGCUUAACAAAUUCUAGUUAAAAAAAGAAGAAAAACUUUUUUUAGAAAUUAUUUUUCUGUUGCAAUCACCAGGCAGAAGAAUUUUGAACUUAAUAACUUAAACUUGUUUAAUGCAUUUACAUAACAAAUAAUAUUU